GCAAGGUGGACUUCCGGGCUGGACUCCUGAGCCUGGAUAUUUUUAUUAUUAUUACUUCUUUUUUAGAGUUUGGGGGAGACUUCUAAGCCAUUGCUGCUGCUCCUGUGCCCAUGUUGCAAGCGGUGGUUCGGAAGCCGUCGUGGAUCCUUUGCGCUGCAGAGAAGCAACUUUUAAGGUUCAAAACCCAGGCCUCCAGCCGCAGUGCCCACCACAGCGUCCGUCCCAUGGCCACCGGAGCGCCCAAGCCCCUCAUUGCGGUUUGCCAGGUGACUUCCACUCCAGACAAAGAGCACAACUGGGCCUGUUGCUCCCAGCUUGUGCGAGAGGCAACCCAUCGGGGUGUCUGUGUGGUUUUCCUCCCAGAGGCCUUUGACUUCAUUGGCAGCAGCGUCGAAGAGACCCUGAGAUUAGCAGAGCCCCUGGGAGGGGAUCACAUACAGCGUUACAUCAGCCUAGCCAGGGAGUGUGGGGUUUGGCUCUCCCUCGGAGGCUUCCACGAGAGAGGCAGCGACUGGAAGAGCACCCAGCGGAUCUACAACUGCCACCUCCUCUUGGAUCCCAAAGGGACCCUUGCAGCUGCCUAUCGAAAGACCCACCUCUUUGACGUGGAGCUGGAGGGACGGGUCUCCCUGAAGGAAAGUGCCUUCACUAACCCGGGAUCAGAGAUUGUGGCCCCUGCGGACACUCCGGCUGGAAAGGUUGGUCUCGCCACCUGUUACGACCUCCGGUUCCCAGAAAUGUCUUUGGCUCUGGUCCAGGAAGGGGCAGAGAUUCUCACCUACCCGUCCGCCUUCACUGUGCCAACAGGGUCUGCCCACUGGGAGCCCCUCCUGCGUGCCCGGGCCAUCGAGACUCAGUGUUACGUAGUGGCCGCAGCCCAGACAGGCAAGCACCAUGACCGCCGGGCCUCCUAUGGCCACAGCAUGGUGGUGGACCCCUGGGGGAGUGUGGUGGCCCAGUGCCAGGAGGGCCCAGGCUUGUGCUACGCAGAAAUCGACCUGGCUUACCUGCGCCGUGUCCGGCAAGAGAUGCCCGUCUUCCGCCACCGCCGGAGUGACCUCUACGGCCGGGUAGCUCUUCGGCAGGACGUCCCGUCGCCGUGACACCUUCCCCGACAAGAGCCCAGAUCUUCAGAUGCAAAUGGAACUGUCUUCCAGAAUUCUUUGAUCAGGGAUGAUGGGAGUUGGGAGUCCAGCAUCACCUGGAGGACGCACACCCCUGGAUUAGAAAGGACAACAUACACACUACCAAAAAAGUGAAGUCUUGUAGCAGCUGAAAGAUUAAAGUGGCUUCUGUCA